CGGCAACAACCUUGAACACCCCGGGCCUCUGAUUCUAACAUGUGCAAACAACGCCUGCGUUACAGCUUUGGAAUCAGACUCGAAACGAACCGUAAAGUUAGCUGAAACGCCUUCCUCCUUGCUAUGGAUCAGGAUUCUUUCAGGCAACUUCUUCAGACACCUCGAAUACCCGGUGUGACUCCGCACCUUAAAGGAGCUCAGGGAGCAUCUCUACUCAGGCAGAAAGCUUCGGGAUCAUCUGCGCCAACGUUCAAGCCACGCAAAGUGAAGAAGACUGAAUCUAACUACCGUGAUAGGGCCGCGGAGAGACGCGAUGGCGGGAAAAAUGAUUAUGCUCAGGUCGAAGCUGUUCUCGAAGUUUUUGAACAGCGGACUGCAAAUGACGAUAAAGAUACUGUCGACGAGCAGCGCCAGUAUCUUGGCGGAGACAGCGAACAUACAAUUUUAGUGAAGGGCUUAGAUAUGUCCUUGUUAGAGCAGAACAAAGCUCGGGCAGCUGCUUCUACCGAAGAUGAUGAUACCCUCGAGCAAGCUUUUAUUGAAGCCUCCUCAGAACCCACGGCACAUAAGAAGAGGACUCGCGAAGACAUCAUCCGGGAGCUGAAGGCUAAAAGGAACGGCAAGGGCCCGCAAUCCUUCGACACCGCCGCGGAGGCUCUCGAAGAUGGAGCCCGUGACCUUGAGAAAGCAAAGAAGGCAGGGAAAUUCAAACCAAUCAGCUUCAAGCCGAUAGGGGUGCAGAAAGAUGACAAGGGUACCAAAAAGCGCAGCAAGGAAGAUAGCGCAAGCCGUGACAAAAAAAGGAAGAAAAGGAAAGUGGAGGGAAUUUCGGGUUCACCUCAGCCGGCCAACACUAUUCCUCACCCGGAAGCUAAGCGUCCAGCGGUAGCGCCAACUUCUGUUGCCGAAGUAUUCUCACAAGUCGACCAAAGACCUCCAUCUCCACUCGACGACAACAUGGAUAUUUUUGCGGGGGCUGGUGACUAUGAAGGCUUUCCUGGGGAUGAUGACAGCGAUGAAGAUGACCUAAAUUCUCCCCACAAGACCGAAUCGGAGCAUCAUAUCAAUGAUUUACAUCCUUCAUCCGAACCCGCUCGUUCUAGAGGAUGGUUUGGAGAUGAACACGAUGACGAAGGAUCAAUACAACCACUAGCACCCACGGAGAGUGCUGCACCUCAGUUGCCUUCAUCAAGCCAUACACCUCAAGUGGAUGAAGAGGAAGAGGAAUCUUUGCGUCUCAAACCAUUAGAGUCAUCUGCAUUACCCUCGAUCCGCGAUUUUCUUGCGAUGGAUGCUGCUGCUGAAAAGGAGGAUAAGAGGAAAGCCCGAAAAGAGAAACGAAAAAACAAGAAGAAAUCUGACGGGGAUGAUGACGACUGAGGCUAGUUACAAUGUCGUUCAGUGCUAUGUUAUAUACCCGCACAACGUUUGUCAUGUAUAUGAUGGACAAUCGAUAUACAACGCUUCAUGUUUUACUAUCAUGUGGACUCGCAAACAAAAACUUUCCACGAGACUUGUAGUGCGCGAAUCCCAGCCGUGAAUCCAUUCCGUCAAUUGUACUAAAAAA